AUGCUCAUGGGAGAUGCUGUGGAUGACCUUACACAAGCACUCUUGAUUUCAGAUGCAGCUCACUGUGAACCCUGCCCAGAAGACCAAUAUCCUAACAAGGAGAAGGAUCAAUGCAUUGCCAAGAAGAUCCACUUCCUUGCCUAUGAUGAGACCCUGGGAUACACUUUAACUUCUAUAGCUCUUUCUCUCUCUCUGACCACAUCUGCAAUCCUGGCAAUUUUCUAUAAACAUCAUGACACACCAAUUGUUAAGGCCAACAACCGAGAUCUCACCUACAUCCUCCUGGUUUCUCUCCUGCUCUGCUUCCUUUGCUCCUUCCUCUUCAUUGGUCAACCAGGGAAGAUCACCUGCCUCUUCCAAAAAUCUGCCUUUGCCAUUCUCUUUGCCCUUGCAGUUUCCUCUGUGUUGGGAAAGACUGUCAUGGUGGUUUUGGCUUUCAUGGCCACUAAACCAGGGAACAAGACAAAGAAACUCUUAGGAAAACCACUGACCAACUCCAUUGUCAUAGCCUGUCCCUUGGUCCAAACAGUUAUUUGUGCCACCUGGCUGAUAACCUCUCCACCAUUUCUUAACUUGGACUUCCAUUCCUUUUUUGGAGAGACCAUCGUGGAAUGCAAGGAAGGCUCAGCUAUCAUGUUUUACAUUGUUCUUGUCUAUCUGGGUUUGCUCGCCCUCAUCAGUUUCAUAGUGGCAUUUCUAGCUAGGAAAUUGCCCGAUAGCUUUAAUGAAGCCAAGUUCAUUACUUUCAGCAUGCUGGUCUUUUGCAGUGUUUGGAUUACUUUCCUCCCCACCUAUCUAAGCACCAAAGGGAAGUCCAUGGUGGCCGUGGAGAUCUUCUCCAUUUUAGCUUCUGGAGCUGCUCUCUUGGCUUGUAUCUUUUUCCCCAAGUGUUACAUUAUCCUACUGAGACCUCAGCUGAAUUGUAGAGGAAAUAUAAUAAAAAACAAGAACUUCUAA